AUGCCUCACGCAACCCAACAUCCAGCUCUUGCGCUCGCCACCUCUCCCACGAAAACAUCGGUUACGCCGAAUGGUAAAGUUCGAUCUGAUAGCUAUAUGAGCGUUCACGAAAGGAAGGACCUGCAGCAAGCACAUGCACUGAACCCACUCGACCCUUUUGAAGUUGACGGUACACCCGUGAACGAGUGUUCAACUGCAGCACCAUCCGAAUAUGACCUCAAAGAGCUGAGAUCAACCCUCACUGAAGCCAGGAAAACCAUGUAUGCUGCUAUGAAGAGAUACAGCGACCUACACUGGAUCGGCGAGCUUAUUUACGAGCUCCCAAGUUCACCUCAGGUCUAUGCCGUCUCGGAAACACCAGUCGAGGAAUUAGAUCACCCAUCACAGGAGACUCUAGCGAAAGCGCCACGUCCCCCUCCUCCGAAACCAGAGCCUCUCUCUCGCGAUGACUUCAUCACACUGCUGGAGGAUGAAGGCCUAACCUGGCUUCUCGAGCACUUAGACACACUACCCGUUCUGGAUGACUAUGCAGUCGUAGCCACCGAGGACCCCAAAAAUAAGCGCUGCAGAGUCGGUAAGCCCAUCGGUAAGAUUCUGAAGAAGGAACAAACUGACGAUCUUAAGAGGAGGCUGUGCUGUUUACAUGCGACCAAAGGUGGCUUUGAACAGCAAAUGAAAGUUAACAAGGGGGAAAACCCAUGGAAGUGUUGGCCACCAAAUGCUGAUGAGGACAAGGAAGUAGUUACGAAGUAA